ACGUCGACGUUAUGCGACAAGGGCUGUAGAGGCGGUUGGCUUGGGUUUUGCUGUGUUUCAGGAGUUUGUUCCUUAACCCCUUUAGUUUUUGUGUUUUGUUUUUGUUUUGCCUCUCCAGAAAGGCAAGAGAAGUUUAUUCACUGUUGGGAGCCCGAGACUCUUACUUAGAAUCUUACCCUUUCCGGCGUCCCUUCCUUUAUUCUUAUCCCGGUAGGCUCUUGUCUUCUUCUUCUGGUCGUCUCGGAGUUUUAUUUUAUUUGGAUGUAGUUCUGUUCUUUGGGAGAAUUCCAGCCUCCGAGUUAUUCCAUCCUUCUUGAGCAGGUCCCUUCCCGCCUCCAUUCUAGUCCUCUGGCGGAGACCCGCCGCUCCCUGCCGCAGUCUGAGGAAUGGAGCUUGAUGGGGCUCGGAAAACUCCAUCGCGGGAAGGUCCUUUCUUGUCUGGAGGGUGGCCUCCCACCGCCCUCGGACAGGCUUUCUCCCAGGUUUUGCAUCGUCUUACAGGCCAGGAGGCCCAACGGGGGGACGCCAGAGGUGCAGUGUUGCAGGACGUUAGUGCUAUAAUAGAAGCUGCAGAAUGUGACAAAUUAUUUGAGGGGAGUGGCGCACCGUUCCGCGAAAUGCCGGAGAUGCUGGGGGAAGUGGCAAAAGCCUUGGGGAUGUACGCGGCCCCACCCAGGGAAAAGGAAGGUAGAAGUGAUGGUCAUUCUGAGGUGGCUGAGAAAGCGGAACAAGUUGGAUUACUGUUUCUUAAGCUACUGGGAAAAGUUGAGGCUGCGAAGAAUUCCCUGGUCUGCCCUGCAUGGAAAACAGGCCUGCAUCACUUGGCAGGACCCAUCUAUAUUUUUGCCAUCAUGCAUAGCUUGAAGCAACCAUGGACCAGCCCAAGAUCUCAGGAUGUUGCUGGGGAAGUGCUUGCCUUAUUGCUUCAAGUUACUGACUGUGAUUCUGUGGCACGAUUUCUCCACGGAGGAAAUGAAGAUGAGAAGGGGAGAUUUACUGUGAUAAUGGGGCUUCUCAAACCGGAAUUGAAUAAGGAAUCCUGGAAGAAUAACCCUGCCACCAAACAUGUUUUCUCAUGGACUCUGCAGCAAGUCACCCGUCCCUGGCUGAACCAAUAUCUGGAAAAGAUACUGCCCCCAUCACUGCUCAUCUCAGAUGACUAUCAAACUGAGAACAAAAUCCUGGGUGUACACUGCCUCCAUCACAUUGUGCUUAAUGUGCCAGCUGCUGAUUUGCUCCAGUAUAACAGGGCCCAGGUCCUGUAUCAUGCCAUUUUCAACCACCUGUACACACUGGAGCACCACCUCAUUCAGGCGGUGCUCCUGUGUCUCCUGGAUUUAUUCCCCAUCUUGGAGAAGGCCGUGCAGUGGAAGGGAGGUGCAGCUCGACCCACCACACACUGUGAUGAGGUACUACAACUGGUCCUGACCUACAUGGAGCCAGAGCACCGCCUUCUCUUACGCAGAACCUAUGCAAGAAACCUACCAGCUUUCGUGAGGAGGCUGGGGAUUCUAACUGUCCGGCAUUUGAAGAGGCUGGAGCGAGUCAUCAUUGGUUAUCUAGAGGUUUAUGAUGGACCAGAAGAGGAGGCUAGAUUGAAGAUACUGGAAACCCUAAAACUUCUUAUCCAGCAUACGUGGCCCAGAGUGUCAUGCAGACUUGUGGUCCUGUUGAAGGCUCUCCUGAAAUUGAUAUGUGAUGUGGCCAGGGACCAAAGCCUCACACCUGAACCGGUUAAGACUGCCUUGUUGCAGGAAGCCACAGAUUGCCUGAUUCUCUUGGACCACUGCUCUCAAGGGCGGGUGAAGGGGCUUCUGGCGAAAAGUCUCCAAAGCUGCAAAGACAGCAAGGUGGUGAACUGUAUCAGAAAAGUGCAGCAGGUUUCCGAAGGUGCUCCCUACGAUGGAACUUAAUGUCUGUAUUACUUUCCCAAAGAGAUUUUCUUUCUAUCCCAGAUUAUAUUAAUGGAGUUAUUUAAGGAAAAAGGUAUUUUUAUGCUAAACAUUAUGUUAGAUCAUCUUUUUCCUUCCCUCUUUCUACUCCUAUAAGGGUAGGGAAAGGAGGAUGAGAACAAUUUUAAGCCCUGCCAUUUCUAAAUAAAAAUUUAGGGGAAAAAACAAAAGACACCAAGGAAACAGGCACAUAGCAUUUAAGACUUAGAAAUAUUUACAGUCACAAUCUCAUUCCAGCAUCAAGAACUUGUCUGUUAAGCUUCUUGGGCUCAUGCUGCUACUUUAAUAUAUAUGCUAUAAAAAUACUUUAUUCACAAUUUAAGAAUUUCUUCCACACUCUCCUAGAUAUCUUGCUCACAGAAGUGGCAUAAAUAUUGAAAACACAAAUAUUGUGUUAAAUACAACAUGAAAGAGCAAAAAUUGGAAGGGUGUAUGUGUUUAAAAAAAGAAAGGGAGUUCAAAAUGUUCAGGCCUAUCUAUAAAUGUUUGAGGAGAAAUCACGUGGUUUUGGCCUUAGCCAUGGGCUCUGUCUCCUGCUCAUACUCUAUCUCUACGUAGGCUCGUUUUCUCCGCAAAGGUCCUUUCAAAGGUGUUUUGCCUUUGUGUCUGGCAUCCAGGGCCUUUUCUUCGUCCUCACUGGAUGAUCUCUGAUCCUGAUCUUCACUACCGCUGAUGUCCAGUUUAUCCAUGUCCUAACACAGGGAGGGGAAAGAAGACUAAAUCAGUUCCCCAAAUUCCCUUCAUCGGCUUCAGUUUAGAACUGGAGAAUGUAUUUGCUUCUAUGCAUGUUCAGAAACCCUCCCUGUUUUUUUCCCUGAAAGCUAAAGGAUGUUUUUUUUUUACCCAUAUAGCUCACCUCAAAGUCACUUAUGUCACUCUCAUCCACCUCAUCAUCUUCCACAAAUUCUCUUGUUCCCAAAUCCUAAAAUAAAACAUAGCUGUUAGGUUCAAAAUAUAUAAUAAAAAUUCAGUUUAGACACCUAGUUUUACUCAGUAAUACAUAAAUGCAUCAAUAACAUAAACAGUCAGAAUCAGUCCAUUUACUAAGCAGCCAAAAUCGAGUUAUUCCCAAAUGUAAUACUUCUGAAUUAACAGCAACUUGCUAAAACAGCCCUUUUCCUAAAAAUCUCAUCAAACACCUCUCCUACUUCCAAAGUAAGAGUAACCCUGCAAAUUUCAAUAGGUUUCUUAAUAGUAUAUUACAUCAGUUGAUAAGGAUUUUUUAUUUGUUGCCUUUGCAGAAAAAAUGUUAGGAUGCCGAUGAAUAAGAUUAAAAGUAUCAAUGCACAGACAGUUGGCUGGCUGAACCUGAAGAACAGAACAGCCACUGCUGAACCCAAGCUGAUCUCACGACCAAAAAAAUGACCAAAUAAUUACUUUCGAGAUUGAAGAUGAUAUUCUGUAGCUGCUCGAUUAUGUAAAAAUAGAUCUAGUCCUCUUGGUUAUUGCUUGACAAAGCAAAAAAACAACAACAACAAAAAAAACAAAGGGAGGCUUACUACUUCUUCUUCUUCAUCAUCUUUUUCCUCAGCAUCUGAAGAGUCACUCUCUGCCUCCUGCUGUUCCAGGGCCUUGUCGAAGGCAUGAAUGGGGAAGUUGUAGAUGUCGCUAUACUGAAGAGCAUAAACAGAGACUGGAUAUUACACUUGAAAGUCCAUUGUCUGACAAGCAUGUUAUUUUUUCCUAAAUGAUCCAAUGAGAAUACUUAAUUUGGUGAAUACUAUUUCUAUACGAUUUCUUGCCUAGACUUGACAGUGUCUUAACAUUUGUGUAAUCAGUGAUUAAGAUCAAAUAGAUAACUUCCAUGGAGGAUGGAACCAGAUCAUAAAACCCAAGAACUGGUACAACUGUAAUUUUGCUGACAAAGAAUAAUAAGAAAAAAGUAAAUUCUAUUCAUUCGUCUCUGUUAAGGUAUUAUAAAUGACACUAAUUUUUAAAAAAAAUAAAAAUUCAUUUCUCACUUUUUAAAGAAGCUUAAGAGUAGCGUAAUAUAAAACUGUAUGGCUUUUAUCCAGAUCUGGACUUGCUGCAUUUGGGAAUGGGAAUCAGGAAGAAUGGCAGUCUCUUACACUGAAUGGAAUAUAAAAGGUAACCAAAGCAUUUGAUAUGUUUGCAUCAACUAAAAUGAGGAAGCCAGGACCUCUAUUCUAAUUUAUUUUAUUCCAGGGAUAAAGGCAGAGUGGAGAUCUUCCUAGCACCUUCACAAAUAAAAUACAUUCCACAAUAUUUCCUAGCGUGAAACCACCACCUUAAAAAAUAUUUGUACCCCAAAGCUCCUAGCCUCACCGUAUCUUGUUUCAGUCUUUCCAGUAAUUCCUUUUCAAUGGCGUUAUCCAGCUGAGCAGCUAUCAAUGCCUUUUCCUAGAAGAAAAAAAGAACAAACCCAGUUAUUUCUUUAGUAUUAAUUUUCAGCCUGUAGAACUGGAAAGAAACAACCAAGUUUGAAUAGGAAGAUGUAAUUAUCCCCCUCCUGCCACCCCCCACUUGCUAUUGCUAGGGCUUUUGCCUCUCCAACCAGGUAAGAGUUCUUUCUCUCUGGAACCUUUCUAAUUUAAAAAUUCCUGUGGUUUUGUAAAUGACGAUUCUAAAUUAAAUUCUAACAAUUCUAACAAAGCCUUUGAUAUAUAUAUAAAGCACAUAAGAUCUAUAUACCUUUAAGAAUCUCAAAAAACUUAAUCAUGAACCCAGAUUUCAUGGAAAUUGAGACAACAGAACAGUCACUUUCAACAAUUUAUGUUUUCUAAAACCAUGUUAGAGUCUAUUGAUAAAGAGAGAAAAAAGAUCUUGGUUUCUUUGGUUAAGUGGAUUUACAGAUGACACUGAAUAGUCUGCAAUAAGAUAGACAGUAGCCAUGAAGGUAUACUGGUUAUAUAAUGGCAUAAUAUUUACAUAGGAUUGUAGAACUUAAGAAAAAUGUUUCAAAUUUGCCAGCCUCUCCUGAGAUAACAAAGAGCUGUCAGUAGUAUGUAACCUAGCAGAUGUUUUAAAAAAUACACUUAAUCUGUUCCUCUAGAGAAAGGAAACAUUUUAACAGUAAGUUUGAAGAAAUUUUUUUUUUUUUGAAAAAUCUUGUUUUGUGGUUAGAACAUUUGAAAAGAAGUUUGGAUGUGAUUACAUCUGCAUGUGAUGCUGCUGCUGAAAACGUGUCUCCAAAAGAAAUAAUUUUCAAUCCAUCUAAAAAUCUCUCAAAUCUAUACUUUUUCAGAGAGCUACAAAUUCAUGCACUAAAACUAGAACAACUUAAUUUCUUCUGAAUGCUUUGCAAGAGCACCUGUUUGACAACCCAGAGAAGAUGAAAAUUCACUAGGCUGGAUAUGAAAGAAAAUCUCUGCGUUAUUGGUGGAGGAAACAUGAAAACUGAAGAGCAAGUACUUAAUACAAACAACCAAUAAUGCACUUCCCUAUGUAUCUUUGAGAUAUCUAAAAGUUAUGAUAGCCUUUAAAGAUAAAUUUAUCUUUAACAAAGAACCAGACCUUUGUGUUGCUACCUCACAAAUUAUAAUUUAUAGUAUACAUAUUAGUGCAAGUAUACAUGUAUCACAACAAUUAAUAGUGUCCUUGUUGGAGAGUACAUGUUUAAAAAUUCUGUUGAUGGAGUAAGUGAUCAACAAAGUUUGGAGACCAAUGACAUAAUAGACUUGAAAUACAGAACUACAAGUGAUUAAUGGGAAAAAAAAGCAUCAGAAGAUUAUUAAAGCUAUUUCUUGAUAGGAUUUAACUAACGACCAAAACGCCUGCUGGUAGAAACGUAGAAGCCAACAAAUAGCAAGAAUGACUGCAAAUUUGAACUUGUCAGGAAAAGCUGUUUCCUGGGUCUUGAAGCAUAAGAAAAUUAAUUCAGCCUGAGUGAGGUGUCCAGGUGAAACUGUCCAACAGGCAGACUGUUCUCUCUGGGACAAUGGUUAGAGAGUCCUGACUACAGCAAAUUUUCCAUGGACAGCACAAUGACUACUAUUCAUUACUAGUAACAAAACUGCCCAAUUUACUUAAAAGAAACAGAUAAUCCCAGAUCAAAGUAGAGCCCACAAUUCCUUACCAGCAAUUUCAAAAUCCAAAAAAAAACUCAAUUUAGUGGCAAAUCAUAACCUGAAUGGAUAUGUGCCUAUAUGAAGACUUAAAAAAAUUCCACCUAGCAUGAACAUUCUUCUAUUUCACUGUAGAAAUAGUAGUGUGAGUAGUUCUCAGACCCCGCUGAGGGUAACAUGUAACAUACAGGAUAGACAGCGUCAAAAUUCAGAAUUCUGAAACAUCUGACUUCAGGAAUUUCAGAUAAGGUGUCAAUUCUUGAGGUUUUCUUCCUGUUCUCCCAUUGCCUAUAUUCCCAAGGCACCCACAUUUUAACCUGGAAACCCAUCAGUGAACCAUCAUCUAGGGCUUAAACAGUUCAUACACAGGGUAACUGAAUCUUUCUCAUGAACCCUGCCUGCUUAGCCUACCCCUGCCCCCGAUGAAAAUAUGGAAGCUAUGACUGUCAAAAGAGUAAGUUACCUCUCUCCUUUUUUCCCUCCGUUCUACCUUCUUACUCAAAGGAACAAUUUUCCUCCUAGGGGAAAUAAAAUACAUUGUCAGAAAAUCCAA